GGCGCGCGGCACAGCGGGGAGGCGAGCGCGGCGGUUGAGCGCGGUGGCUCACUUCGUGAUAUUCCCCUGAAGGUGGAGCACGACCUUCCCCGUAGUCCUACCCAUUCUCAGCUACCAUUGCUGCGGUCCCUCCCCUCCUCCCCAUCAGCACCUCCGCUCCACGCCUGGCCUGGCGUCCACUGCUCCCGCUGCACCUGGUGUACUGAGUUAAAUGGCUGAUAAGCAGAUCAGCCUGCCAGCCAAGCUCAUCAAUGGUGGCAUCGCUGGACUGAUCGGGGUCACCUGCGUAUUCCCCAUCGACUUGGCCAAGACACGGCUGCAGAACCAGCAGAAUGGCCAGCGCAUGUACACAAGCCUGUCUGACUGUCUCAUCAAAACCAUCCGCUCCGAGGGCUACUUCGGCAUGUACCGGGGAGCCGCCGUGAACCUGACCCUGGUCACCCCUGAGAAGGCCAUCAAGCUGGCAGCCAACGACUUCUUCCGACAUCAGCUGUCUAAGGAUGGGCAGAAGCUGACCCUGCCUAAGGAGAUGCUGGCAGGCUGCGGGGCUGGCACCUGCCAGGUGAUCGUGACCACCCCCAUGGAGAUGUUGAAGAUCCAGCUACAGGAUGCAGGCCGUAUUGCUGCUCAGAGAAAGAUCCUGGCUGCCCAGGCCCAGCUCUCUGCCCAGGGGGGUACCCAGCCUUCAGUGGAGGCUCCAACUGGUCCUCGGCCCACGGCCACCCAGCUGACCCGUGACCUCCUUCGGAGACAUGGCAUUGCUGGCCUGUAUAAGGGCCUAGGGGCCACGCUGCUCAGGGACGUGCCCUUCUCCAUCGUCUACUUCCCCCUCUUUGCCAACCUGAACCAGCUGGGCCGCCCAGCAUCUGAGGAGAAGUCACCCUUCUACGUGUCCUUCCUGGCUGGCUGCGUGGCUGGGAGUGCAGCCGCUGUGGCUGUCAAUCCCUGUGAUGUGGUAAAGACUCGGCUUCAGUCACUUCAGCGAGGCAUCAAUGAGGACACCUACUCAGGGUUUCUGGACUGUGCCAGAAAGAUCUGGCGUCAUGAAGGUCCCUUGGCCUUCCUGAAGGGUGCCUACUGCCGAGCACUGGUCAUUGCACCACUUUUUGGCAUCGCCCAGGUGGUCUACUUCCUGGGCAUCGCUGAGUCCCUGCUGGAGCUGCUGCAGGGCCCCCAGGCCUAAGUCUACGGCCGCCCCUCCCUAGUCUAUUGACUGGGGCCAGAGAAGGGUGGAAAGCCGAAGGCUGAGUGAAGGAAGGUUUCUCCCAGCCCUCCCUAUCAACAGGGGAGGCAGGAGGAGGAGUGCAGGGUCCAUGUAGGGGGUAUACACACAGGUGUCCAUGGAGGUCCUGCAGGGACAACCAUUGGGAUCAAUGUCUUAUUUAUGUAGAAAAUGCAGAAAUCUGUACAUUCCUUGAGCCAGUCCCUGACCUAGUCCUGCCUGGCCUGAACACCCCCAGGGACAGAGCUGGUCUCUGGGCUGGGGCUUCCAGGCUUGGGCUGGGCAGGCUGACCCUUCCCUUUCCCCUCCCCCCAGUC